AUGAAGGAAAGUUUCAAUGAGAAUGUUAAUCAUGUAUUGCGAGAUUUUGUUGAGAAAUACGACGAAGAGCUAGAAUAUCCAAACAUUGACAAAUUAAUUGUCAAGCAAGCCUCUAUAUCUCUUCAAAAUGUCAUGUUUACCGUAAGCAAACAGUCUCAAAAACUCUUUAUUGGAGUUGAUGAAUAUGACACUUCAGAUAACAACUGCGUAUUCAAAUAUGAAUUUCAUAUUCUGAAUGAUGCAGAGCAUAAUGAUGUUGACAUAGUUGAGCAAUUUUUUAAUACAAAUUUUUUUGCAAUAAUCAAAAGAGGAUACUGUGGCCCUAUUGAUAAAUUAUAUGUUACAGGAGUUGCCCCUGCAUUCUAUGUAAGGCUUAGUUCGCUUCUUAUAUUAGAUGAUAUCUCAAAAAGACUACAAUUCUAUGGAAUUUGCAGUUUACAGAAGAAGUAG